CCGAUCAGUUCGAAUUUGAUGAGCUACAAUGCUCCACCUGUCGUUUGGAUGCUCAUCAAGUCAAACCACCACUGAUGAUUGCGACGAUACCAAAAGCAUUGGCAUCAAAGCUAUUAUCCGUAGAAUAUCAUGAGUUUAAUGAGGCGGAGACGUUGUCGUGUGAGGGGGUCACUGAAAGCAAUACUGCUCCACCUUGUGCUACCCUUGGUUGCAACCAGGGGGGAUCCACUGCUGUCGUCAUCAAGGAGGAUACCCUGCACCAGUCCAUCGUUUCAUAAUGGAGCCAAACAAUCAUGUCAUCAUUUCCUGGUGACAAGAGGUGGGGGCGAUGAUAAUGAUAAUGAUGAAACUCCCAAGAAAAAAGCAUCUGCCAAUAUCUGGUCAGCCAACUCACUUCAUCGGAUGCACCAGGACUCACUAUCAUUUGGACUGGAUGAUAUUAAUAUUCCAAAGGCAACCAACACCAAACAGCAAGUUGAGAAGAAGAAAGCCGACAAUAAAAGAGGGAACAAGAAACAUCAACCUCAAGAAUCAAGAGUGAAAGCAGAUCCAAAUCCAAAACUUGAUACACAAGUUGACAGACAACAGCCUGGCAACAAUACUAGGCCAGGACUGUUUCGGUGGCUUGGACUGGCUCAGCAAGGCGACAAACCAUCAGGAGAUAAUGAAAAUGCUGACACCAACAACAAAACUGGCAGAAAACAAGACACCGUUCCAGAGGAACCAGCCAACAAGUCCUCUACAACUACACCAGAUCUAGCCAAGCUCUGGUGGGUCAAUGUAUGGGCACAGCAGCUACCCGAGAGAACAGCGGGAGCAACAUCAGAUAGUGUGGUGCUGGACCCUGGAGAAGAAGCACAGGGAAAACUACUCAAGAAUCGCAACAAAGGCACAGAAGAAGAGAGCAAGAAAGAAGACACCAAGAAGUCAAAGCCAAAACGAGUGAAGGACAAGGAUCAACCGACAACAACUAGCAAGAAGAAAGCAAAAAAUGAACCGCUAAUGAAUACCACCUCUCUUGGGCUGGAUGCGACAACGACUGUUACCACUGUGGAGGAGGAAGCACCGCCUCCAAGUUACGUGUCGACGGGUUUGUGGGCGGCUGUGGAUGGUUUGACUUCUUUGGGGCUCUCAAGAGUUCAUCCAGCCUUUCGAAUAUCUCGACCCCUCAGACCCAUCCGAAAAACCAUGGCGCACAUUACUGGGCUUCAUGGUGUCUUGAGUGGAAAACCAACAGGAGACAAACUAAAGAAUGUUACUUCAACUCCAGAGGAUGUACCUCUCGGAGAAGAGGACUUGGCAAUGGUGAGAAAGAGACUGGCGGCAAUCGACAGAGCCCGUGAGAACGUAGAAAGAGUUUCCAAAACCAAAGGCGGCAAAAGGAGAAAGGGUGAGCAACCGAAACAUGACGAAGAUAUGGGAGAUGUUCCACAAAUGUCAACCUUGACUACUGGUAUGUCAAUUCCAUCCAAUAGGAAGUCCCCAGCGGAGCUCAAGGAGGAGCAGAGUAGGAAAGAUCGGGUAAAGGAGAUCGACAAGCUCAUGAGCGAAGCACAAAAAACCUUACAGGAGCUUGCAUGCGAAAAAGAUGUUCUCCAAAGGAGACCCAAUCCACUCUGGAACUACACCGCUGAAAAUGGUCGAAAGAAACGCGAAAAUGAAACUCCAACAAGUCGACGAUUCAAUUUCCCACCGCAGGAUUUGGUGGACGAGUACCUGGACUUCUUGUUCUCAUCAGGCCGGCUAGUGAAGCUUAAUCACACAGACUUAUGGCAAAGCGAUGGUCAAGAGGACGACGAAGAAGAUAUUGAUGAUUUUGGAAUGUCAGAUGAUGAAGGAUCACGAAAUCGAAAUGGCGGCAACAAAGGAGGCUUUUGGAUCCUUCGUCAAAGCAUUGGAAGCGGUUCAACACUGGGAGAAAAGAUCGGAAAGGCGGCUGAAGAAGCAGCAUACAAGGCGAUUGCCAAAGCCGUAAUGGAAGUACUUUCCAAAAGCAUAUCGGCUCUCCAUGGUGUGAACAUUAUGACACAUACCGACAUUCGGCUUUUUGUGGAGGCAACUCCAGACCUGCCACCUGUGUUGAGGCAAGGGAUAAUUCCAGGAGGGAAAAAGAACUAUGCUCGUGAGGCGCUGCAAGGAGCGAUGAGGAAACGAAACAGAGAAAAGAGGUAUCCCGCAGGAGAAGCCUUUGUCCAGCAUGAUGCUGUGGUUGAGACACUGCUAUCGCACUGCCAGAUUUCAGCCCCACUGCUCACGCUAUUCCCUCUAGCUUGGCAACGGGCCAUGCUGAGCAACAUCAUCUUGCUAGUCACAGCAAUUGUGACUGAUUUCUGUGAGGGAAUCCAAUUGGAGAUCCUUGGUCAUAAAUUAUCCUUUUCGUUUACGCCAAUAACGGAGAGUGAUAUUCUCAAUCAUAUCACAAUGUCCGGGCUUGACCCCGGCCGGCGAAGCUGGCAAUCACAACAAUUUGAGAGAGCCGUGGAAGCCACAGCCAAGGAUUUGAGCGAGAAUCUCAAGUUCUUGGAUCGUUGGCAUGAGCGUGCCCUUGGGAGUGGGGUUCUUCGUUCCCAGAUUGCCACUUUGAUUGCCCGACUAGUUUUGACGCUCGUUGGCGACAUUUUGGGUGCAGCACAAUUGGACCUGUGGGCAGCUCAUGCGGGUGGUCCUCGCAUCGUGGCCGGUCUUGAGUAUCGAACGACUCCAACCUACAUGGAACCACAGAUAUGAUUCUGUAGCGUCGAUCUGUGAAUGAACCCCAAACAAGGCCCCGAUGGUGCUGCCGUUGUAAAAAGAUGUCAAUUUUCCCCGUAACUGUUGGACAUCUGGGAUGUUUGUUGCUUUUUCUAGCUAGCUAAAACGGUAGUAUUGUUCAUACUACAUGCGGAGCGCGGAUUAGACCAGAUUCAAAAGCUUAUGUGUUGGGCAGU